AUUGAUGUAACAUUUAUUCAUUCAUCAUCAAAUAUAAUACUUUCACUCUGGCAGCCUGCUGUGUUGUAGCUGUCUGGCAGAUUGGAUGACAAAGACUGUUAUUAGCAAAUAAUCAUCUGGCAAAGAUGACACUGGAAAAUAUUGUCAAAACACAAUCAAGAAUUUUGGUCAAAAUAUAGUAAAAGACCUGACGUUCAUUCAGAUACUGCAGUGCAUUCAAAGGAUCCUCAGUUACAGACAAAUGCAAGAUGUCUUUAAUCAAAUAAAAUUAUCUGGACCACAUGCAAGAAAUGACAUGCCAGCCAGCCUCAGAUACACAGAAAAGGAAAAUAAAGAAACAGCUGUCAGACACACCGAAUUCAGAGGCUCUGCUGCACCGAGCAUAUUACACUCUUGCAGAUAUGAGAAUUAGUGCAUUGAGGGUGAACGUGGGCAAAACCCUCUUCACAAUGGGUACAUUUAAAGCUUUUUUCCUUUUUUGCCAGCCAUUUAACAAACCUCUAUUCUCCUCCUCAGGCUGCAAAAAUAGGCGUCCAAACUGAAAAUUCCACAGUUUAAACUCCAAUAAUCACCUCAUGCCACAAAAAGGGGACCUACACAGAAGCGAUAACAAUCCAAACUUGCCUGCAGUAUUUGCCCUUUGAGUAGUUCUACUGAAAUUAGUCUGCCUGGUAUCUUUCCCUGCACAGGUCUAAUUUCAGCAGCAUGUGAGAUGAGUGCAGCCUCUUCUCUGCAUUCUGUGUGUCUCAUAGUGAGCUGGACUAGAACCAGACCUACAGUUUUACAUGACCCCACCACACCUUGAUCUCUCAUGGAGACCCGUUGUCUCUAUCUCGUGGCUUCAUCCAGUAUUGCAGCAAGAAAUCUACUACUUCAUGUUCGCAAUGACUCCAAAAGUGUUUUCUACUCGUGCAUGAGACUAUAAAUAACCAACAACUCUGAGAUUCUGCGCUUCAGUUGGAUUUGUCUCACUGCUCGAGGACAGAAAUCACACAUCAGAUGUGCAGUGUGUGGCGCAAAUAUCUCGCUGUUUGGACAGAAAUGGGUUAUAACUCUCUGCGUCCUGGUCCAUGGAAAUAGUCCGGUCAGAUCCACUUUCACAGUGAAUCAGUGCGCAGUGGGUACGCGUGCAGCAGGGGCGGCUGUCAGUCCUCACCAUCCUUCCCAUUGGCUGCAGCAGGAUGCUCGGCGUCUCUCCUGUUUCCUUGAUCCUCAAAUGCAACUCGACGGAGGUUUACGAUGGAGCGAGAGAAGGAACCUUCACCUGUAGAUAUUUGACAUUAACCUGCGUUUCACUAUCGACACAAAAAACAAAAAAGCACACGGCACUUUUGAAGUAAAGCCUCUACGCUUCGGAUAUUGCAUCGCUGCAGAGUCGCUGGAAAUAACUUCAUUAUUCCAGUUUUUUGCGGGCGACUGUCGCCCUGUCCUUCGUUGUGACGGGAUACUGCAGGCUGUAUGGAGGCAUGUCGGCAUGGCUUGCACCAGGAGAACCAAAACUUUGGUGUCCACAUGCGUGAUCCUGAGCGGCAUGACCAACAUUGUUUGCCUGCUCUAUGUCGGAUGGGUUACUAAUUACAUCGCCAAUAUUUACAUCAAAGUCCCGAUGCCUUUACCGGAGAGAAAGUUAGAGGGUGACAAAAGAGGUGACACUCUUCGGAUCAUGGAGAGGCUCGAUCGGCUGGAGAAUGUGGUCAACCAGCACAUCCAAGAGACUCCAGGGAGGGGAGAGGACGGUCAGGCGGACUCAUCAUUCUCUGACUCGUCGCUGUUUGCUCACUGGGGUCAGGAGCUCGGUCCAGACAACCGGCGGGUGGCACUGAAGAUGUUCCAGUACUAUGGAUAUAAUGGCUACCUCAGUGAUCGUCUCUCUCUAGACAGGUCAAUACCAGACCUCAGGCCUGAUGGGUGCAGAAAUAUCACUUAUCCUUUAAACCUCCCUCAAGUGAGCAUUGUGUUCAUUUUUGUGAACGAAGCCUUGUCCGUCAUCCUGCGGUCCAUUCACUCUGCCAUCAGCAGGACGCCCUCUCACCUUCUCAAAGAGAUAAUCCUGGUGGACGACAACAGCAAUAACAAUGACCUAAAGGAGAAGCUGCAGGAUUUUGUGUCUGAGACUAACAGCCAACGUCCAGGAUUCAUUAAGAUGGUGCGGCAUGCCAAGCAGGAGGGUCUGAUCCGGUCCAGAGUGAGCGGGUGGAGGGCUGCCACUGCCCCAGUUGUUGCCCUGUUUGAUGCCCACGUCGAGUUCAAUGUUGGCUGGGCUGAACCCGUUCUGCAGAGAAUUAAAGAAGACAGAACCCGCAUAAUCUCCCCAUCAUUUGAUAACAUCAAGUACGACACGUUUGAGAUUGAAGAGUACCCGCUGUCUGCCCAGGGCUUUGACUGGGAGCUGUGGUGUCGCUACCUCAACCCACCCAAGUCCUGGUGGCACAAGGGUAACAAGAGUGCACCAAUCCAGAGCCCAGCCCUGAUUGGCUGCUUCGUGGUGGAUAGGCUGUACUUUGAGGAGAUUGGUUUGCUGGAUGAGGGCAUGGAGGUGUACGGGGGAGAAAAUGUGGAGCUGGGCAUCAGGGUGUGGCAGUGUGGCGGCAGUGUUGAGGUUCUGCCUUGUGCUCGCAUUGCCCACAUAGAGCGUGCUCAUAAACCCUACACUGAGGAUCUAACGUCUCACGUGCGGCGAAACGCCCUCAGAGUUGCAGAAGUUUGGAUGGAUGAGUUUAAAAGCCACGUCUACAUGGCCUGGAAUAUUCCCAUGGAGGACUCAGGGAUUGAUAUCGGCGAUAUCUCUGAGAGGAAGGCUCUGAGGAAGAGGCUGCAGUGUAAAACUUUCCGAUGGUACCUGGUCAACAUCUACCCCGAAAUGAGGAUGUACAGCGACAACAUCGCAUACGGAGUACUGAAAAACUCUCUGAAGAUUGAGCUGUGUCUGGACCAGGGGCCCGACAAUGACAACGUCCCCAUCCUGUAUCUCUGUCACGGGAUGACACCUCAGAAUGUGUACUACACCAGUACUCAGCAGCUCCACAUCGGGCUCCUGAGUCCCACCGUUGACGACGACGACAACAAGUGCCUGGUGGAUGUGAAUAGCAGACCGCGCCUCAUCGAGUGCAGCUAUGCUGCAGCCAAACGCAUGAAGCUCCACUGGCUCUUCACUCAGGGAGGAUCCAUUCAGAACAAGAAAUCAAAGAGAUGCCUAGAGCUUGUAGCAAGCAGUGACAAUGAGUUUGGCUACCAACUGGCUCUGCAGAAAUGCACUGGACAGAAAUGGUUCAUCACAAACGUGCUGUUUAGUAGCUCCUUAUGAUCAACUCCUGAAAGGAACACUGCAGUGAAUAGCACACAGGACUGGAUGGAGUUGUUUCUUUUGUGUGUGCACAUGUGUAUGUGCGCAUGUGUGUCUGUGUGUGUGAAAGGAUAAGAAGCAGGAGUCUGACAGAAGAGUGGUGCAUGGUUGAACACAAUCAUUUUGAGCACCACGAUGGCCUCUGAUGAGCAGUUGACAUCACAUCAUAAAUGUUAAACAUUUUAUUUUGCCUACAGGAUCAGCCAUAGUUGGCGAAUAUUUUGCAGGUUUGACAAGGUAGUACAUUUAGUAUAUUUUGUGGUAAAUACAGUACAGUUAGAUUUUUCGUUGACUUAAAAGAUGUAAUGGGUCCAAUAUGUUUUUGUACUGUUCAUAAUUGCUACUGUGUAGCAAGCUUUCUGAACCUGUCCCUGCUGUAAUUAUUUUAUUUUGUGUCUCAGGUUUGUGGGUUUAUUAUGCGGUUCAGCUGUACAGUUGUGGGAAAAUGUUGGAAUAAAUCCGAAAAUGAUAGAUUAUUUUCUAAGUGUUAAUAUUUUGAAUAUUUGUAAUAUGUAACAGUAAAAUAACUAAUGUAAACUACUGAGUGCAAGUGCCUUUUUUCUUUUGUUGUUAAAGGCACAAUCCGUGAUUCAAAUCUUAAAGGCUAUCAUUAAAAUUAAAAGGACUGGAAUCUUC